UUUCUAUGUAACAGUACUUUGUUUAUGUCAAUUUGGUUAUUGUCCAUUCUUAUCUUUAAUUCAAGAAUAAUUUGCUGUUGACCCUGCAUUACCUCAUUUAGAAAUAUUGAUUCAUAUCUUAUUCUUGAAGCCUUUAUAUGGGAAUAUAUGAGACAAAUCUAUACUAAAUAUAGUCUCAAAUUAGCAUUAUUAGUAUCACCCUUUCAAUCUUCUUCUUACCUCCCUCUUCCAUUUUGUUCUCAGUUUUCAAUGAACUAUUUUCCAUAUAUCUAUUAGUACAACUCAAAAUCUUUGUCCAAAUUUUGGUGAAUUUUGAGUUUUGCAAUAGUUCAUGUCAAUUUUUUGAUAUGAGUCAAAUUUGGAAUAUAGGAGCAUGCAAUCAACAACAAUUAUCCAUAGUUGAAGAAGGAGAAUCAACAAAAUCAUGUAAUACAAACACUAUUAUGAGCCGUUUCGAGUCACCAGCUUCUGCUUUUUAUGCAACAGAAAACUGCAUGGGAUUUGCAGAAUUUGAUCACCAAGUUGAUAAUAAUCAAUCUUUGAGUUCUCAAUCAUAUAAGGUUAAUGAUUUGGAAUUCCCUUUGUGUCAAUCUCUUAGGGAAAACAAUCAUUUAUUGGAUGCAUCAAACCAACAUGACCCCAACUUUGAACUGUCUAACACUUUGCAAGCAUUGGUGAAAUCUCAAUUGAAUGGUAAUCAACACCUUAGAUUCCCAGAAAACUUGAAUAAAUUUUCAUGUGGGAAUUUUCCAUUUGAACAGCAAAAGUUGUUCUUUGAUGGUCUUGCCUCAGUUAGCAACAGCUCAUCAUUUUGUAAUAAAGGAAAUCAUGACUAUAUGGUUGCUCGUGGAUCUUAUCAUUUAUCAGUCGAGCAACUGAAUUUCUCUUCUCAGCAUGAGAAGUUGUCUCCAACAAUUUCAGCAGGAAGUUUAUCAACUUCUCUUGGAAGCACUUCUUCUAGUGGGAAUGUAGUUUCAAGUAAAACAAGAAUUAGAUGGACUAAGGAUCUUCAUGAGAAGUUUGUUGAGUGUGUAAAUCGACUUGGGGGUGCUGAGAAGGCAACACCAAAAGCUAUAUUGAAGAUGAUGGACUCUGAAGGCUUAACUAUAUUUCAUGUGAAAAGUCAUUUGCAGAAAUAUAGAACUGCAAAAUUCAUGCCAGAGUCAGCUCAAGGGAAAUCUGACAAAAGAAUCCAUAUCGAUGAUGUGCAGCAUGUUGGUGUUAAAACUGGCUUUCAAAUCAAGGAGGCACUUCAACUUCAAUUAGAUGCACAAAGGCGUCUUCAUGAACAACUAGAGAUUCAAAGAACAUUACAAUUACGACUUGAGGAACAAGGCAGACAGCUGAAAAAAAUGUUUGAUCAGCAGCAGAAGACAUGUAGUAACCUCUUCAAUACUCCAAAUACAAUCAAUGAUGAUACAAAAAAUAUUGGCAAAGAUGUUGAGGUUUCUAUUUCUGAAAGGGCUGAAAACUCUUUAUUACAAUCCAAAUCCUCCGAACGCAUAAUUUGAUAGUUUAUGUAUAAAACUAUUGUUUCUCUGAAGCUUACUCCUUGUAAGCAACAGCUAAAUCACACUAUGCAAUUUUGUUAUGGGAAUAAAAGUACUAUUGAUCCUACAAAUAUAAACCCAGUAAAUUAGUACAUAUUCUAGUGAUGUUGCUUGUGUAAUAUUCUAUAGAAACCAGAAGCAGUGUACAGUUAUACUACAGUAAACUACACUAGCAUUAUUGAGAGAAAAUAUAUAUUAUAUCUGCA